AUGAACAUUCUACUCACACCCCGCAAGAAGGCACUUUUACGUGAAGAAAUCGAGCCUGUCCAUUCCCUAAGACAAGAUGCGUUGCAACACACGCUAACAGACUCCAUGAUCUCGUAUGUCUUUUGGCUACAAGAAGUGGUGGACUUGGCACUGGCCAAUCCGCUUCUCGCCCAAUUGAUUGUGCCCGACUUGCCUCCAUUGGAAGAAAACGACAGCUACCUGAGCAAAGUCAGUCUGGCCCUCCAAGCAUGCUCAACCUACCAUCAAGAGAACCAGCAUCUCAUGACGAUAUUGACCGCAUCCAUGGAUGCUGGCAUGCAGCCAGCUACCCUGUUUCCCACCGUUUGCGAAUUAUUAGAGACAAUCAAAACACACUUUGCCCAAAUCAUGGAUCCGUUCAAGCUCCUGGUGUAUGAGCGCUCGCUCACAUUUGACCGCCACAACUUGCUAGCGUACUACACCAGUCUCGAUGCCAUGGAAAAAGUGCAUUACCACGUAUUCAGAAAACAUCCUCCACAAGAUCUCGAGGUGCUGUGGAUGAUGACGUCGUUAACAAACGACUACCUUCACAACCAAGACAUCAUUCAGGAUAUCCAGCUCAACUGGACAAAUCUCCACUCGGAUGCAAAAGCCGUGAGAGAAAUCAUCAACGCCCACCUGCAUCGCCGGGGAAGACACAGCAGGCUGCCGUGCUAG